AUGUACAAGUGGUCGGAUGCUCCGGGAGUCUAUGAUAUCCGACGGGCGGAACAUCGACACUUCAUGACGCACUGGGGUUCUUGUCCUCUGGGGUGUGUAGCAUCACGCAUCCAGCAAUCGCUUCAAGAAAAGACAAUCCAUACGCCUGCCCAAGCCUGUAUUCAGCACGAUUUGAACAACAUGAUGAGGACCAUCGUUGAUCGCUUGAUUAAUCUCACGAACCCUACCUAUUUGUUUGCCAACUCUUCAAUUCGCAGGUCGCACAUCGCUUCCCAACAAACCUUUAAGCUCAAUCACACCAUGUUCAGAAUCAAGGAUCCCAAAAUCAGCCUCGAAUUUUAUCAAGAUGUUCUGGGGAUGAAACUAUUGAGAAAAAUGGAAGUCGAGUCUGCGAAGUUUACAAACUACUUCUUAGGAUUCCAGGAUUCCAAUCAAGAUUUAAAGUCUGCGAGUCCACUCCAUCGCGAAGGAAUCGUGGAGUUAUGCCAUAAUUGGGGUACCGAAUCCGAUGAUAACUUUUCCGGCUAUCAUAAUGGUAACAAAUCUCCUCAAGGGUUUGGACAUCUUGCGAUAACUUGCGACGACGUUGAAAAAACCUGUGCUUACUUGGAAGAGAAACAAGUUAAAUUUCAGAAAAAAUUAAAUGACGGCUCAAUGAAAGGGAUUGCUUUCAUCCAAGAUCCCGAUGGUUAUUGGAUUGAAAUCCUUGGGAACAAUUUUUUUGACUGA